AUGCCCAGCUUCGAUGUGCCGGGGGAAUUCCUAAGGCAUGCCGUUCUAGACACAUUUGUCCCGCAGGCUCCAGGAACAGACCUGGAGGCGGCGCUGACCUCCGCCUUAGAGGGAGGUGCCGACGACUUGUCUUCGGUCCUCUCCUUGAUCCCCCAACGAUCACUGCUAUUUUUCGAUGAAUUCUGCACCGUUCGCGUGGUCCUGCGGCUGUCCAAUUGUUCGCAAGCCAGUUUAAAGCACCAUCUCCAGAACCUCGAAGUCAAAAUUGAUGCAUUUGCAAUUGACCCGGCGGAGACUGUUGGCGAAAAUCCCACACCCACCCGGGACUUGAUCUUUUCAGGGGUCGUCAAUACAGAGGAGGAACCGUUGGUUGUGGUAAACGAGUUCGAGGGGGAAUCGGGCUCUGGCAACCAUGUAUACGUGAUUUGGAGCGUUGAGACUUUUCUCAAGCGCCCCCGUAUCCGUAUUCAACACCCGUCGUUCCUCUUCAUUGCAUCGGCAAGCCUCAACCCAUCGGACGCUCGACAGGGCGAGUCCCGCGAGGACGACUAUCUACCUUCUUUAGUCCCUGCAUCGACGAAUAUCUUACAACCGUUGGCUACCGAUAAAGCAUUUCCGCAAAAGGACCCUUUUCUUCCAGCUUCCAGACUGCUACGGGUCGUACCUGCGAAAUAUAGCGAAGACCCUAUAUACAACGUCGAACAAGCGUCAGGCCAUCCUAUUCGGGUGGUUCCCGCGGCCAGCGCGCGCAUACGAUACUCCCGUCUGAAUUCAUUUUGUGGACGGCCUACCACCAUUGCCAGCCUUGAUUUCGAAGUGACUCCGUUCCUCAACUGUGACGUUGUGUUCGAGAAGGCGGACCUUCGCAUCUCAGAUGGAACGAUAGAAACCCUUUCAGACCAGCAAGGGCUCGUUCCGCCAGUAAUAUGCCGUCCCCGUGACGACAUCACUUUGAUAUACAAAUUGACGCCGGAAUAUGGGCCGGAUCCGAACCCGUCGACCACUGUUAUGAUUAGCGUUUUGGAUAUUUCAUUGGAGGCAACAGUGAGGCUGUCAGAGGACUGCAAUCCCCGGAUAUUGAUGCAGUGGCGGACAAAUGUUGAUUUUUCCAUGGCCCUCAACCCGACAUUCGGAGGCCCGAGCCAGGCGUUGCAGCGAAACAACCGACCCGCGAGCCUUCCCAUGACACCAAAUCAAUCCAACUCCGUAAUUGGUGCACCCGCGAACAGGAGCUCACUCAGGGACCGAGCGUACUCUGCUACAGGUCUAGGAGUGACAAUCUCGUUCUCUGGACCCUCUAGUGUGGAAGUGGGUAAACCGUUCUCUUGGAACGUCUUCAUCGUUAAUCGAUCGACACAUCCUCGGAAAUUUGCCAUGGUCGGUAUCCCGCGGAGAAAGCGAGCUGAUCCACGGGGGCAUGUUGCGCGACCGUCCUCUUCGUCGCUCUCCAGCCGCAAGGAGGACCAGGUAGCCGAGGCAGUGACGGAUGAUAAUAUCGUCCACGCAAUGCAGAAGAGCGUGGCCGGACAGGAGGUUGAGCUCGUGUGCUUGAGCACCGAUGUUCGAGUUGGGCCUCUUCUUCCCGGCACCUGUUUCGCGACCGAGCUGAAGCUCCUUCCUUUGGCAGUUGGCUCCCUUCGGAUGGAAUCCGUGCGGCUGGUGGAAGUCAACACGAACGAGACGACCGAUAUCAAGGAUCUGCCCGAUAUCCAAGCGUUUUCCUUGGAUCGAAGGGCGGUACCAUCUACCGCAUAA